AUGUGUGGGCAGGAAGCCGACUCACCAAGCCUGGGUGGCGUUGCCCUGCGGGGCUCGUGGAGCCUGGCGAUCGUGAUUACGCGCUGUGCUGCUUCUCUUGCCAGUAGCUGUCAGCAUUGUUGCGGUUGCGAGUGGGUUGAUUCUGAUUGUGAUUUUGCGCAAGUAGAUCAGACACCAGUGGUUCCUACGAGCACGGCAGCCAGGCGCGCAACAAUAGCCUCUCUGUCAGAGACUCUGCCCGGCGAUCAGAGCCCAAAUACCAAGUGGUCCUCCCUGGAGAGCUCGCGCCCACUCAGGCUGGGGAGCUCCGCCCCAGUCUGCAUACCUCACAGCGGCCACCUGCGGUUGCGGACACACGAGGGAUUGUCAGAAGUAGAAGAGGAGGAACAGGACCAGCCAAAAGCCACCACUUUCGUUCCACCCCACUUGAUGGUGGACAAGCCAGCCAUUCAAUUCUCGCUGCACGGAAGUACUGCUGAAAAGAAAGCCAAAUUGAGGGCCAGGAACACGAUUCUGCAGAUGACUGGCUUCCUGGAGCCAGCAAAGUCUGAAGACAAGGCUUGGAACCAUGGAACGGAAAGAGCGAUCAAGGCCCCAGGAGCACUGGCCAGAGAGUUCGGCGCGAGCAAAUGUGAGCCUUUAGAAAGUGAGCAAGGUUGA